AUGGAGGCCUCCGCCCCGUGCCCGCGCGCCCACCACGUCGACCUCCGUUGGCUGCUCUCCGUGGCCGCCGCCGGCCUCUUUGCGCUGCUGCUCCUGCUUGCCACCUCCCCGUCGUUCCGGCUCCCCUCCUCCUCCACCACCUCCCGCCUCUUCCUCGGCCCCGCGUCCCGCCCCUCCUCGGCGCGCCCGCUGCCCCCGCACUUCGUCGAGCCCGCGCUCUCCCGCCCGGCGCCCGCACCCCCGGCCGCCGCGUCCCUCCCGCGGUUCGCCUACCUCAUCUCCGGCUCGGCCGGGGACGCCGGGAUGAUGCGGCGCUGCCUGCUGGCGCUCUACCACCCGAGGAAUCGCUACGUGCUCCAUCUGGACGCGCAGGCGCCCGACGCCCACCGUGCCGACCUCGCCGCCUUCGUCGCCGCGCACCCGGUGCUCGCCGCGGCCGGGAACGUGAAGGUGGUCGAGAAGGCCAACCUCGUCACCUACAGGGGCCCCACCAUGGUGACCACCACGCUGCACGCCGCCGCGCUGCUCCUGUGGGGCGACGGCAGGGGCCGCGGCGCCGACUGGGACUGGUUCAUCAACCUCUCCGCCUCCGACUACCCGCUCGUCACGCAGGAUGAUUUGAUGCAUGUGUUCUCCAAGCUGCCGCGCGAUCUUAACUUCAUCGAUCACACGAGCAACAUCUCCUGGAAAGCGUUUGCGAGGGCGAUGCCGGUGAUCAUAGACCCGGCGCUGUACAUGAAGACAAAGGGCGAUCUGUUCUGGAUGCCGGAGAGGCGGAGCUUGCCGACGGCAUUCAAGCUAUUCACUGGUUCGGCGUGGAUGGUGCUGUCCCGGCCGUUCGUGGAGUACCUGAUCUGGGGGUGGGACAACCUCCCGCGCACGGCGCUCAUGUACUACGCCAACUUCAUCUCCUCCCCGGAGGGCUACUUCCACACGGUGGCGUGCAACGCGGGCGGGUUCCGCAACACCACGGUGAACAGCGACCUGCACUUCAUCUCCUGGGACAACCCGCCGAUGCAGCACCCGCACUACCUCACCGCCGACGACUGGGACCGGAUGCUCACCAGCGACGCGCCCUUCGCGCGCAAGUUCCUCAGGGACGACCCCGUGCUGGACCGGAUCGACGCCGACAUCCUCGGGCGGCGGGGACCCGGCAUGGUCGCGCCGGGAGGCUGGUGUCAGGCAGCUGCAGAGGCUCGUCACAGUAACAGAGGCUGGUGUCAGGCAGCUGCAGAGGCUGGUGUCAGGCAGCUGCACAGUAACGGGACCGACGACGAUCCGUGCGCGGCCGUCGGGAACGCGGCGUUCCUGCGGCCCGGCCCGGGCGCCCAGCGGCUGCAGAGGCUCGUCACGUCGCUGCUGUCGGAGGAGAAUUUCCGGCCCAGGCAGUGCGUAGUAGAAGACGGCAACUGA